ACAUCCAUCCUCCUCCUCGGCGCCACCGGCGAACUCGGCUCCUCCGUCCUCGACUCCCUCCUAGCCCAGACGGAUUCCAACCCAGCAAUCUCCAUCACCGCCGUCCUCCGCCCACCGAGCUCAACCAACAGCACCACGUCAACCACGACCCUCCGAAAGCUCCGAUCCCUGCCCCUGCACCUGCACCACGUCGACGCCGCCGCCCUCCCCCCCGCCGCUCUGGCAUCGCUCUUCGGCCCCUACGAUGCCGUAAUCUCCUGCCUGGGCUUCUCCGCCGGGCCCGGGACGCAGCUCCGCAUCGCGCAGGCCGCGCUGGACGCCCGCGUGCGACGCUUCCUCCCGUGGCAGUUCGGCGUGGACUACGAUGCGAUCCCCGCGGGCAGCGGACAGGAGCUCUUCGACGAGCAGAGGGCGGUGCGGGCGUUGCUGAGGCGGGAGGCGGAGGGCAAGGGCGUGCGCUGGACGAUCGUGAGCACGGGCAUCUUCAUGGGCUUCGUCUUCGAGGAGGCUUUUGGUGUCUCCUCGACCGAUGUUUCCGACGAUCCCGCGAGGGGGAAAGUCAUCGCGGUGCGGGCCCUGGGUGCAUGGCACCACGGUCUCACGGCGACGAGCGUGGAGGACAUCGGGCGAUUGACCGCGUCGAUCAUCCUCGACACCUCCUUGAAUCAUCAAAGCGGGAUCGUGUAUCUCUGCGGCGAGACGUUCACAUAUUCCCAGCUGGCGGAUCUCAUCCGAGCGAAGUUCGAGUCGUCGGAGAAGAAGAAGGUGGAGGUCAAGAGGGAGUUGUGGACCCGAGAUUUCCUCCGGGAGGAAUUGGGGAGGUCCCCGGAGGAUGUGAUGCGGAAGUAUCGCGUGGCGUUCGCGGCCAAUCGGGGAGUCUCGUGGGAGAAGGAAAGGACGUAUCAUGCGCAGAGGAGCAUCGGCGUCAUGGGUCUAGAGGAGUGGAUGAAGAAGAAC